UAAUACAUCGGCACAUUUGAAAUCCAGAAAUAUGAAAUAGUGCAAAUGGAGACUCUGUUAUCUUCUCUGAAAUUCGCAGUGAGAGGUUCGUGGGACACACAACAGAGAAUCCCUUACAACCCCAACGCUCCCAGAAAGCUUAAGAAGAACAUUGUUCCUUCUCCCUCUUCCACUUCCACUGCACCAAUUACGCGUAAGAGGGAAGAUUACAUCUCUAAUCUUCUCAAACGCGCCACUCCUCUCCCCACAAUAGGACAUGUAGAAGUAGAAGAAGAACAAGAUGAAACCUAUUUGGGGUAUGAGAAAUGGCUCCCAACUCCACCCAAAGUGGUGAAGCCUCGUUCCGUCUUUAACGCUGCUACUUUAGCCUAUAUUGGAGAUUGCAUAUACGAGCUCUAUGCUCGUAGGCACUUUUUAUUUCCACCCAUUGGUAUUGAAGAAUACAAUGAUCGUGUCAUGGCAGUUGUGCGUUGUGAGGCUCAAGAUGCAUUGCUGCAGAAACUUCUCGAAAGUAACUUCUUAUCAGAUCAAGAGAGGGAUGUUCUUCGAUGGGGAAAGAACAUAGUUUCCAGCAAAACUAAGACAAAAAGACGUGCUGGUGCAGCUGUGUAUAGCAGAGCAUCUUCACUAGAAACAUUAGUUGGUUAUCUGUAUAUGACAAAUGUGAAUCGCUUGGAAAAGCUAAUGUUAGAGUUGGGAUUCUCGGUUGACUCUUCAGUGCCUUUGAAUGUGGAUGAAAUAAUAACGCGUGAGUUGAACAAUGGAUAAAGAUGAUCAUCAGGCAAUCUUCCACAGGAGGAGGCAAAACAACAUCUGAAGAUUUUGUUCGAUCCAUUAUAUUCUUCUGCAAAGCAUAUAUGACUUCCACUUUUACUUUGGCGGGAGUAUCAGAACCACAUUCGAACAGCAUCUCUUUCCAUGCUAUUGAUCAGAAGCCUUUGAGGUCCUUCAUAACUAUAUUUCUGUUGUACAAUGGUUGUGGCACCAUAGUUUGUUAGCUAUUUAUCUUUUUCAGAGGGGUACAAUCAGAGAUGAUAGAAAUGCAGCGAAACUUUUGGUUCUAUGUGGUAGAUUAGUGUUGGGGUUUGCACACGUUGCUCGAGUUUGGUUGAGUUGGUUGGUUCAUGUGCGAAAUUGGUAGUUGAAUACUAAGGACAUAGCGACUAAGAUAUCUAUUUGUAUUAUUACUUCGGAAUUCUUACCUCUGGUCUUUUAACUAGUCAAGAUACUUCUAUUUAGUUAACAAUAUUAAAUUUAUUAACAAUUUAUCUA